AUAAUUGGAAAAUAAUUAAUGUGGAUAGAAAAAGUGACAACACCGUGCCGUUCGAGGUACAAGUUGGCAGCACUGAUUCACUGAGCUGUUAAGUUCCUUCCCGUAGCAAAAUGUAUCUUCACAACUCCAUUCGUAUUUGCCGCGCUCACCUCUUCACGAUUUCCUACCUCUGUUAUCGCUAUUCCAAGUUGCGCACGUAGAAUUUCUAUUUUUCAUGACUUUCUUAAUUAUCUCUUCUAAACAAUUCUACUAGGUCAUUUGGAUCAUUUUUUUUAUAUUCUUCCCGAAAAGCUCCACCCAAGUGCAAAAUUUCAGGAAAGUGGCGACUUUUUUUUUCUGUUUUUAAUAUUUUUUCUCCGAAUUCCCAUGAAACCCCGUGUUAUGAAAAAUUCCUAUAUUUCACUCAUUCUCCUAGGCUAUCUGGAAUUUUGCAUAGGGAUUUGGAAAAAAUCAAAGAAUGUAUUAAAAAAAUCAUCAAUUUCUUGGCUUUUAUCGACCUCUCCUGAUCACGCCAUAAAUACCUUAAACGAAAACUUGACUUCAUCACCUCCAAUAAAAUUGCUGAAGCCACCUAGGCCCACUCACUGUUCUAAUCUAAUUAUGUGACUCAUUUGCUAUUUUUACUUUCUAAGGAUUCAAACUUACCGCCACAAUUUACGUCACGCCCUCCACCGCCUGCACACAAACAAAAUCAGCUGUUAGACUGUUGGGAGUCCCAGAGGUCCCAACAAGCCAACAAUACUGCACAACACAUUGGUCUUCCCAAAAAGUUUGACAAAAAUGUGAUAAAUCGGUUCCAAAAUUAUUUCUCAACUCUGGCAGGUUUCUGCGAUGGCUCAGACUCUUAUCCCGACACUGAUCUUUACAUUCUCAAUUUUUACACACACAAUCCCGCAUUUAUGGACCAACAAAAAUGAUCUAAAUAUUCAUUCACUGGCAAAUGAAUCUGGCCCAUUCAUCCCAACACUCCAGGGGAUAGAGUCAACACCGAAGAAUUUCAAUAAAUCAAUCGAUUCAUCGAGAAAGUCGCAAAAGAGCGCGAAUACUGUAUCAAAUGCAAAACUGGAGAGACUAUCAGAGGCUUUAUUCAGUAAAGAUGUCCACAAUGCCUGGGGAUACAUUAAAAUUAAUCUUCAGAAUCAAACGACGAGGAACAGUCCGGUCGAUAGAGCUCCUGAACCAUUACUCACCGUAAAUCCAGAAGCAUUCAAAAUACCCACGAUCAAUUGUAUUCUUCAAAUGUACGAUAAUUAUCAUCUGGACACUCGAAAAACGGAAGAAACGACACCAGUUCAUAAAGAAGAGCAAGAUCGCCUCCUCGAUGCUUUUCUGGGUACUAAUGUUAUGGCCACCGCAAUGAAGUUCCUCUCUGAUAAUAAUUAUCUUCCGAGGAAUGAAUCCAACUACAGAGCGACAUUGAUCACCCUCUGGUUUUCACCCUAUCGAAGGGGUGAAGGAAAAACCAGCAGCAGUGGCUUUGAACACGUCUUCCUGAAUGAAUUAAGGAAGGGGAGGCAUGUACUUGGACUUCAUAAUUGGAUUUAUUUCAAUGCGGUGGAGAGUAAACGACAGGCUAAUUAUCUUGGGUACUUGAGGAAGAUUGAUCUCGGUGAUAAAGCUGCAGUCUUGGCUUUUCACUUUACCUUCAACUCCCACGACAAACCAAUAACAUCGAUGUUCGUUGGUACCUCUCCAGAACUGGAAAUGGCUCUCUACACAGUAUGUUUCUACGUAAGAAGAGGGAAGAAGUGCAAAUUAUCAUUGGGAGGAUCCAAAUUCAGGAUUAUUACGCAUGAAUUGACGUACAAAGGGAAGAAUUUACCAGUGAUUGGUUCAGCAUUUCCUUUAAUGUGAAAAAUGGACUAAAUGAAUCAAUAAGAAAAUUAAUUUCGCUUGACUGAUACAAACCUGAAGUUAUUCCUCGAUGCAUUCAUGGCAUGAAUGCAAUGCUUCAAGAUUGAGUUCUUUUUCAUAGAUUAUUUUCUUAUAUGAUAUGUGAAAAAACGAGCAACGUUGACUGACAAUUUGCAGUAUUAUUACAAAAAUAUAUCCCAUCAAUCGACGGGGAAUAAAUACGUCGAUUCAACUUUCAACAAGGUAGUCAAGCAUUCGUUACUUGCUGUAAAAUUGUGAACCAUUGAUAUAUUGUUUUUGUAAGAGAAAUCGAUGAAUAAAAUACAGAAUCAAUGUUUCU